AUGGACAUGCAACACCAAACACACAGAGAGUCGCCAUCCUUCAUCUUUACCAGAAGCACACGCAUAUGGGAACUUCUAGCCGGUGAUAUCACCGCUGCUGCUCUCUCCGCUACUCUGGUCGCUCCCACAGUGACCAUCAUCGACAGAGCCAUUGUUGAAAAGGCCGCAUCAAACCAACCUCUGCUGAGAAGUCUCCGUCAUCAAGCCUGGUCGCUGCUCAAAUCUCCCCGCCAAUUCAUGCUAUCACUGCCAUUCGGAAUUGUCUGGAGUCUUUACGCUGGCACUUAUGGAGUCGCCAAUGUCGCAGAAACAAUCUCAGAACGACUUACCCCGGAGCAUGUUGGCGCUAUCGUCGGUGCUUCUGCGUUCCUGGUCAAUGUCCCCCUCGGAGUCUACAAGGAUGUUCGCUUUGCUCAGAUGUUCGCUCGGGUGCCAUCCCGAGUAGCCAACACAGCUGCAGCUGCAGCGACUGCAACAGUCCCCAUGCCCAAACUCCGUCCUUCACGUUCCGCAACAACUGUUUGGCUCGUACGUGACGCGUUGACGCUGUUCGGAUCGUUUACCUUUGCGCCGCGUCUAGCCGCAGCUGUCCCGGACAACUUGGCAGUCUCCCCCCAGACCAUCUCUCAGCUAUCAGUACCCGCUCUGACGCAGAUUGUUGCGACGCCGCUGCAUCUACUUGGCUUGGAUCUCACAACGAGACAGCACCAUGUGCCUUGGAUGGAGAGAGUCGUGGGAAUCACCCGUUCUGGUUUGCUUUCUACCACUAUCGUGCGAUGCUUCCGUAUCUUGCCUGCCUUCGGAUUUGGAUGCAUCGGGAACACUGAGAUGCGUAAAGCUUUGCACAAGCAGCAUGAGCAGUAUGACUGA